GGAUCAAGGCAUACGGAAGCCAUCAUCGACGAGAGCCCGCCGGCGUCGUGUGAUUGAGCAGCAGCAAUGGAUAUUGUCGAGACAGGUAUGAGAGGUCGAACGAAGACACUCGUGUCCCUGGUUCUGUGGCCAAAGCCUCGAUUGUGUGGCUCGGAGGUCGUGUCAAAAGUCCAAGAUCCACCUGUUGAGUCCUUUUGUAGUGAUUGGGAGGCUGAAAUGAACGACGACAGCUGGCGCUCGGUGUCCCGUCCGCCUCAAGGCAUACUUACGCGAGACUUCGAAGGAGGCAAGGCAGCAGGCUACGUACCCUAUGUGCGUGUUGUGCGUGUUCAAAGUAAUGCCGGUGGCAAGUACCGCGAGGCAAGCUGCCAGUGGAAGACCGCCCUCCCCUUCGUCAAAGAGGUGGGCCCGUCUCAACCUGUGCAGUCACGGUGGGCUGUCAUGUCCGAUGAGGAGGCGAAGCGAACGGCCGGGCCCUCGGAGAAAAAUAACCUAUUUAGCAUCCGCGAAGCGCCUGAGAUCACAUCUUCUCCAGUUGUCCGUUGGGCGCGUCGCUCAGUGUUGUCCUCGACUGCUCAUCGCUACUCCACAAUACAUCCUCGAGCCACGCACGGAGAGCGCACAGAUCAUCGCGCCGCGCAUCAGCGGUCGUGCGGGACUCCACGGACAUUCUCUGUCCAAUCGUAUAUCCGCGUUGCGCGCGCCAAAGGUGAGGUCACAGUUGAAUGCCUAAUCCUGAGGCAGAUGACUAUGUGAUAUAUCUGUAGGAGGAACCAGUAGGUUGGGGAGAGCCAAGUGCUCGUAGAUGAUCAGCACUAAACGUGGCUCGGUGAACGGAGUCAGAAGCAUAGUUCGCUAGAUAAUACACUGAGUAGUACUCACGACUCGCAGCGAGUUGACAGUAUGCCUGAGGAACGGUUUGGUCCAAGAAAGGGAUCAGGUCUGCAGCUGUGGGUGGGGCGUUCUUCGUGGA